AUGUUUAAAUUAAAAUCGUUAAACAAAUUCAACAUUCGAAGACUGAUUCAUGAAACGAGUCUUAAUAAAGAUUCGAGUAAUAUAAAUACAAAUGAACAGAUUGCUGAAGCUAACAAAAUAUGGGAAAACAGCUUUUGGCUAAGCUCCGACAAUGAUAUUAAAAUAAAAGAGUUUGAAGAUACCGGCCUAUUCACUUUAAACCGACCAAAUUCUUUAAAUAGUCUUACACCAGGAAUAUGCAAAAUAAUAAUAGAAGGAUCCGGUGAUAAAGCGUUUUGUUCAGGAGGAUAUCUUGUAAUGCCUUAUUCCUUCCGUAAUCUAAGUACAGAACAUUAUGAAUCGAAAAAAUCAAAAACGUUUCAAGAAUAUUACUCAUUGGGUUAUAAGAUCGCUACAUUAAAAGUACCAUUCAUAGCUCUGAUGAAUAAUAGAGUAAUGGGAUUAGGUUCUGCAUUAUCUCUUCAAGCUAAAUAUAGAAUCGUUACGGAAAGAUCAAUUUAUGCUAUGCCAGAAGUUACAAUAGGUUUUUUCCCUGAUGCUACAACUUGCUACACUUUCCCUAGAUUACAAAAUCACAUAGGAUAUCUUCUAGGUGUUACUGGAUAUCAAUUAACAGGUCCCGACAUCUUUCAUUCUGGUAUUGCCACUCAUUAUGUUCCUUCAGAAAAAUUGGAAGAUUUGAAAUACAAAUUGCUCAAGUCCGAUGGAUCCAACAUAGAAGAAAUUAUUAAUAAAUACCAUGUUAAUACAUCGAGCAAUAAUUUUAGCCUCAAUCCAUUCAUAGAUAUAAUUGAAAAUUGUUUCUCUGCACCUACCGUUGAAGAAAUCUUAGAAAGAUUGAAAAAAGACGAUUCAGAAUGGUCAAAAAGAAUAAUAGGAAUGAUUAACACUGCAUCACCAACUUCCUUAAAAUUAGCUUUGCUUAUUAUUCAAAAAGGAAAAGACUUGGAUCUUGCUAAUUGUGCAAGAAUGGAUUUUAGAAUGGGAUAUCGUUUGCUUUCACAUGGUUCUGAUAUGUACGAAGGUCUUAACGUUUUCUUUAAAAAAAGUAAAAAACCACAAUGGAAUCCGUCACGUUUGGAGGAUGUACCAAUGGAUAGAGUAAGAAGUUAUUUAGAUAAUCUACCACCGGAAAAAGAAUUAAAAUUAUAAUAUAUAAAUAACUAAAGAA